GGCAUCGAAAACUAUCGUUCGCCGAACCUAGCAGUAGCUGUCCACACGUGCAUUUACAGAAGACCGAUACAGCUACAGGUUCGGUAGCGACUCCAGCGGAAAUGGACGGGUUCGGGUCAGACUUCCCAGCAGGUGGAUCGGGUGGUAAAGUGGACACCGGUACGAUCAUGGAGCAGGUUAAGGUCCAGAUCGCAGUGGCUAACGCUCAGGAGCUGCUGCAGAGAAUGACAGACAAAUGCUUCAAGAAGUGCAUAGGUAAACCUGGGAGCACGCUGGACAACUCUGAGCAGAAAUGUAUUGCCAUGUGUAUGGACCGGUAUAUGGAUGCCUGGAACACCGUGUCCCGAACAUACAACUCCAGAUUACAGAAGGAAAGAGCUCGUAUGUGAACAUCCCUCUCUUCAUCCUAACUUUCCCUUCGUCUGGCUGCUGCUUAUGGUGAGGAGGAGUACAGUGUUUCCACUGGAGGCUGUGCACAGGUGUGUCGUGGCAGCAGCAGCACACCGUCGCCAUACCAAUACCUUACAGACAGACAGAGAGAGACUGUGGACCCUAGCCAUAACAAAAGUCUCUGCGGACAUUUUCAUUUUUGCUCUGAGGAACAGUUAAGAAACAAAGUUUGAUUAUUUGUGUUUUUAUGUUAUGAAUAAAGACAUAUAGGUCACGAGAUUUGGAAACUCUAAAUGCCUGUUGGAAUGAACAUAAGUGUGAUUAAGUACUUGUUGCCCUGUGAUAGACUGGCGAUGUUUCCAAAGAAAUUUGGAGUAAUUAUUGCAGUAUCUGUUUACUUAAUAAUGUGACUUCAACAGAAACACUGAAACCUCCUUGCCUUUAAAUUAAGGCUGAAUGUUUCUUGUGUUUAAGAGCCUGUAUAAUUGGGACACAUAACUGUAAACAGGACUAAUGUCUCUGUAACCACAAUGUCAUAAAAUACUAUCGGCAUGUUUGUUGCCAAUUCUUUUCAUUGUGUUUAUGCUCAGAGAAAGAUGUGACAUUUUUACCGUAGAUAAUAAGCUGCACAACUGGAGCCCUUAAGGGACAACACAGGCUUUACUUUACGUGCUUUUACACUAAAAGACCGACUUAAAAUCAAAAGGAGGACUUGAGGACGAACUUGGUGUUUUCAUAACCGUGAACCUGACAUUCACAAGCCUCCAAACAGUCCUGUAUCAAAGUACGCCUGGAGAACAAAACUGUUUUGUCUGAUCUGUUUUCUAGUUGUCACUCUAUCUGCCGCCCUCCACAGUAGUGGGCUUGUUUCAGCAGGGUCUGCCUUGCUGUACACGGGGUACUGAACCUUUCUCAUCUGUAUGUGCACACACCUUGUCAGAUGUCUGGGAAGCGCACUCAUUUUUUUUUUCCCCCCCUAUCCUGCUGAAAUUAUGUGGGGAAGUAAGAGCCACAAAAGCUUGUGAACGUUAUGUGCAGUGUGUGUGUGUGAGCAAAUGGAAAGGUUUUCAUGAACAAUCAAUAAAUCUCGUUUAUCAGA